AAAGAGAGUCACGAACGGCCCUGAAAAUAAAGGUACUAUAGUUUAGUUGAAGCGUACAUUGGGUAAGGGAGAAGGUCAGGCCAAAGGGGAAAAAUUACAGAGCAAGAGCUUAGGGUUUUCCAUAUCUCAAUCUUCAUCUUUGAUUUCUCAGGUUGUGAAUUGGGCGUUGAGUGAUGAUGGAUGACCUAUUUGAUUCUGCGGUGAAUUUCGAGGAGGUCCAUUUUAAGAAAGGCUAUGAUGAAGGCUACAGCCAUGGCCUCGUUGCUGGCAAGGACGAGGGGAAGCAGGUUGGGCUCAAAAUCGGUUUUGAGGUUGGUGAGGAACUUGGCUUCUACAGCGGCUGUAUCCAUAUCUGGACAUCUGCCAUACAGAUCGAUCCGAGAUGCUUCUCCUCUCGGGCCAAAACUGCCAUCGCCCAGAUGAAGGACUUGAUUCAAAAAUACCCUUUGAUGGAUCCGGAAGAUCUACAAGUACAAGAGAUUAUGGAUAGCCUCAGACUCAAGUUCAAGAUGAUUUGUUCUUUGCUGCAUGUCAAGCUCCACUAUAAUGGCUAUCCUGCUGAGGCCAAUGACACUCAAUUUUGAACCACAGUUUGGCUUUUACUAUGUUUCCAAAACGGGAAGAGAUCCUCUCCAGUGCAUUUUUUGUCCGGUGAAAUCUCAGCCCCACUUCUUGUAAUCAGUGCAGUUCUAAUCAUUAAAAAGAAAUGAAUGGUGUGGAUGUGCACUAGACCUCCUCCAAUGAAAACUUCACAUUAGAGAAUCCAUGUCCGGCAAAAAAUAAAAGUUAGGGUUGAGUUAUACAAUGGUUAAAGUUGGAUAUGUAAGUUGCAGUAUUGAGUACUUAACCUUAGGUAUGAUUAAUAUUUAUGGUUCAUGUUUAUAACAUAUUGGCCUCUUAGCUUUAUCCUGUUGGAUAAAAACAAAGAAUGAAAUUGUUACUUCUUUGACAUACAUACUUAGAGAUGAUUUUUGCA